CAGAGGCAUCAAUCGCCAGCUGUUCGGACCGAACUUGGAAUACGAAAUAUACGGUCGAUGAAUAAUGUUCUGUGGACCUCUGCAACAUGUGUACAGUCAUAAAGCCUCUGACGUCGCGCGAAGCGAGACUCUUUUAAGAGGUAUCGAUGGUGUCGACUUCAACACGAUACUCUUUUGGCGAAGUUGUUAUCUUACUGGAAUACAGCAGUUGAUCACGAAGGAAACAUCCCAUAAUGACCACCACAAAGCAAAGAACGUCCCAUCGCACAUGGACGAAGGAUAGCUACUUCAUCUCGACUGACCCCGCGCUUGUUCCAAUCGCCGAGCUCAAUGCUGUCUUCGCGUCGGACCUCUUCUACUGGGCCGAUGCGUUACCAGAGGAUGUGAUGCGCGAAACGCUCAACAACUCACUCUGCUUUGGCAUGUACGAAUCUUCACCAGCCAACUCGAAUACUUUGCCAAUUGGCCUUUUGGAAACUGGAACGACCGAAUCCAAGCUCAUCGGCUUCGCCCGCUGCAUCACCGACUCUACGACUUUCCUGUACCUCACCGAUGUCUACGUCGAUCCUGGAAUGCAGGGCAAGGGAUUAGGUGCGUGGCUGAUCAAGUGUGUGCAGGAGGUGAUCGAGGAAAUGCCGCACCUCAGGCGAAGCCUUUUGUUUACUAGUAGCUGGGAGAAGUCCGUCCCGUUCUACGAGAAGCUAAUGGGGAUGAGCGUGUUGGAAUGUCAGAAACCAGCGGAGGGUGAAAAGGGCUCGGGCGUCGCAAUCAUGCAAAUGCGCGGACCUGCGUUCCCAGAUGCUUUGCGGUGACGUGUGGCGCCUAGACGAUUGGCUUGUUGUGGCAUAUCAUAUUUCUCGGAGCGAUGCAGAAGUUAGAGCAUUUGAUGUAUUUCCGAAUCCGGCAGUCUGUGUGUGUGCGUGGACUGCCGUUAACUUUC